AUGAGGCUCUUCAUAUUUGGAACUUUUGUCAUCUUCAUGAUUUACCUUAAUUUUGUUGAAUCAACAGAUAAAUCUGAUGAAGGAGAUAAAUCCGGUAAAUCAGCUAAACCCUAUAAAGCACCUAAAUCCGAUAAAGUAGUUAAGCCAGUUAAGCCACCUAAACAACCAAAAGCAGCUAAACCAGCUAAAUCAAUUCAAUCACAGAAGGCAUCUCGGGUAUAUAGGAAAAAUAAGAAAGAUCAGGUUCCUCUUCAAGAUCACCCUUCACUUGCCCACACGACUCUUGAACAUCAAGCCUUCGUCGAGUGUCAACAAAAUCCACAUCUUCCUCAAUGUGAAAUUCAACCAAAUCAACUGAAUAGUCCUCAACAUUAUGCUCCACAAAUAAUUCCAAAGAAUUAUGUUAGUGGCCAUCAUACACAUCAUGUCGAGGUUUCUAGCGGUUCUUCUGGAUCUCCCAAGGCUUUUGGAUCCAGCAAUUAUCAGCUUUACGGCAAUAGUCCUCCUCAUGUUUCUCCUCCAAAAUCACCGGAACUACCCCCAUUACCUGACAGUAUCACUAAUAGUCAUAGUCAUUAUUAUUAUGAACCACAUAUUCCUCUAUAUCAACACCAAUCACCUCCAAAAUCACCACUACACCUUCCAUUCACUGAAAGCUAUGGUGGUGACCAUGAUCAAUAUGGCCUAAAUAGUCCUUUAACGUAUCAUCAUCAAAAUUCACCUGCACACCUUCCAAUCUCUGGAAACUAUGCUGCUGACCAAUAUCACUAUGGUAUAAAUAGUCCUCUAUCUCAUCCUCAUCCAAGUUCACCUGGAUAUCUUCCAAUCCCUGAAAACUAUGCUCCUGACCAUUAUCAACAUAGCCAGAAUAGUCCUCUACAUUAUUCCAAUCCAAGUUCACCUUCACUCUUUCCAGUCCAUGAAAACUAUGCCACUAACCAUUAUGAACAUGGCCUAAGCCCUCUACGACAUGCCGAACCAAGUUCACCUCAACUCCCUCCACUCCCUGAAGUCUACGAUCCUAACCGUUAUUAUUUUGAUGCCAAUUCUAGUCCUCGUUACCAUACCCUUCCAAAUUCGUCUUCACCCCCUCCAUACCAUAAAAGCUUCUAUGAGGCCGGACCUUCUCAUUCCGACCAUUAUCAGCCAGGAAAAUAA